GUAUACAAAAACUAAUCGUAAUGUAUUGAAGAAACUAGGUAUCAUUUAUUUGUUAUGAAAACGUAUAGUAUUUUUCAAAUUGAUUAUUUCUUGCAUCCCAAGUAUCGCAGGCUUUUACUUUGAAAGGACACGCGGAAAUGCGUUGUCAUGAUUCUUGCUAACUUGAUGCUAACAUUGCAGCAAAGGCUCAGGUUUCUGAACGUUGUGUUAUGGCUGAAAUUAAUCAUGUUGCAGUUUGUAGUCAUGGCAUAUAAUUGUAAUGCAGUGGAAAGCGGAGCAAAUAAAUAAUAUUUAACCUCUGAAGUGUUUCGCUUCCGUCGCAGAGGGGAAAUGAAGACGCUAACGGUAACGUUAGUAACGUUGACGAACAAGUGCCGCACGCAAAGUCUUCUGUUUCCGUUGAUGUCCAAAGCUCCCGCCUCCAAGGAGAAAAACACCUAUCAGUGAUGGUUAUGGAGGAUGAUGGACAUCCCCACAGCCAAUCAGAGCCAGACACCCUGUCAGCCGUGGGCGGGCCAGAACGGCUGGUCCCCAGCUUCACCUCAAGGACCCCCCUGCAACCCUCUGCCCAGCUUUCAGCAUCUUAGCCUGAGCUCCCCUUCUGACCAGAGACCCUGCUACGAGCACCUGCAGGCGUCCAACCCCGGCUGCCAGAGCGACUUCGCCACCUCUUCAUCCAGAAACAUCACUCAUUACAGCACGCUUAAUGAUAGUAAUGGUGACCAGAGUGUGCAGCGGGUCAUUCCCGAUGCUCAUGUUUCAUCCAUGGUUCCGGCUGCAAGCCAAGGAAGAUAUAUACCUCCAUGUUCUCUCCCUCUUAUGAAGGAAGGGACGCAGCCUCGCAAGCCCCAACAAAUGCCAUUUUACUCCCCUCACAGCCCUUACCAAGGAAUAUCUCCCCCUUUCCAGCCCCCACACACUCACCAUUAUUCACUGAAUGGACCUCAGUCACCACACCAGAAACAUUUGCCCUUCAGCCCUUCAGCAUUUGGUGUAAACCAGAGUCCACAGUGUACACCUCAGCCUGUGUUUGAGAGAGCCAGUGUGGAGUCCUCUGUUGGAUACACACACAAUCAUGCCUCGCCACAGCAGCCUCAGUGGACACUUGAAGCAAACUCAAGAGGAACCAUUAACGAGUUUGUUCCCAAUGCGGCUGCACAGGACAUCACGCCACAGUCUCCUAACUCUGAGUCUCGUUAUGGCCUGGACCCAGAGCUGCUGCCCAGCGUUGUGAAGGUGAUUGCGGAUGACAGGGCAGAGUGGGAGGGCAAGGUCUUCGUCUCAGAGCCUUUUUCCCGUCUUCCUCCUCUGGCAACUACUUCCUGUGUCAUAGAGGACAGGGGUAACGCCAGUCCUUUAGCCAUCCGCUCCGCCUCGUACUGUGUGCCCUGUGAAGGGCAGACUGCCCUGCUCAGCCGUCUGCCGCUGGGAGCUCUGGUCACUCCUCUAGCAAAACAAAAUGCGGGAGAGCCCCUGCCCGUAUGCAACGAGCCAGAGUGUGUUAUGAGUUGUGGUUGUUGCGGAGCCGCCAUGUGCCCGGCGAUGGGCUGGCAGGACUGUGGUCAGAGGUUUUACUGCCCCUUCUGUGGUAAACUCAGUGAAGUGCCGUGGCAACACUACCAGCCCACCAAAGGGGUGGAGGGGGCUCGAGUGGAUAAAGACAAGAGGCCUGAACUCAGUAUGGGGUCAUACGAGAUACUCAAUUCUCAGAAGGGUGAACCUGCUGCACUGCUUCUAGCCAUAGAUGUGUCUGCGUCAGCGGUGAGAGGAGGACAUUUGGAGUUUGCAACACAACAAAUACUCAAUCUGCUCACCUCACUGAAGAGGGAGGAUGAUGAAGCCUUGUCAAACGUCCGCGUUGGUUUGAUGACGUAUGACAGUAGGAUCCACCUGUACGAUCUCAGCCCCGCCCUGUCCCGCCCACACAUGCUUGUCAUCACAGAGACAGAAGACCUGCAGCUUCCUGUGAGGGAGGGGCUUCUGGUGUCCCUGAAGGACUGUAUCGACAGUAUCGACAGUGUGUUGCAGCUUAUUCCGCAGUUUAGUGCGGUAGACUGUGAUGACUCGAGUGGAGUUCCCAUCGAGCUGCCUGUCAAAGCAGGGCUCGCCGUACUUCAGGCUCUGAGUUGUCCUGGCAAGCUGCUGAUCUUCCAUACUGCCCCUCUGAUGGAGACGGGACACACAAACUCGUCCUCAGGGUUCUUUGGCUCAAACAAACCAAAGUCCAUCUUUCAGCCGUCAGAGCUAGCCAUCUCAUUGGCCAAGGAGUGCGUCAGUCAGGGCUGCGGCGUUCACAUGUUUGUGCUCUCCCAGCAAGACGUGGGCGGGGCUUGGCCAGGGCACAUACCAUAUCUAACAGGUGGAGCUCUGUACACCUACAGCCACCUCCAGGGAGAAUUGGACAGAGAGCGUUUCAGCAGCGAUCUCAAGAGUAUUGUAGAGACGGACUCGGGCUACAAGGCUGAGCUCAGGUUUUUUGUCAGCAAAGAUAUGCGUGUGUCCGGCUGUUAUGGACCUUUCCUCCCUGGGCCUAGUCCCAGCCAGGUCACCAUGGCGACUCUUGAUUGGAGGACAACAGUGGCUGUGGAGCUCGCACACAACAGAGCUCUGGAUGAGACGAGAGGUGUAGCCAUACAGGCGGUGUUGUCUUACAGCACCCAGACCGGAGACCGGAGGACCAGAGUUCACACUCUGACCCUGCGAUGCUCUCGUCACCUUCAGGACGCUUUCCGGCAGUACCAGGCCCAAACACUGCUCACCUUCUACUGCAAAAAAAUUUACUGUACAGUGUUGGAGCGCCCCCUUCAGGAGCUGAGGGAGGAGCUGCAGACGGAGGUCACAGAAGCGUUUGCUUCCUACCGCAGACACUGCUGCUCUGCUUCAGUGUCUGCCGGACAGCUGGUCCUCCCUCAGUACCUGCGAGCACUUCCUGUUUACAUCAACAGUCUGAGGAAGAGCGAGGUGCUGCUGCCGGGCCUGAGGAGCUCCAUCCACCAGCGGCUGCAGCAGCGCUGCCAGGUGCUCAGCAUGGACACCUGCAGCACCUCCGCACACUUCUACCCUCGGCUGCUGCCUCUGCCGCUGUCAGGUGACCGCUCCAUCUCCCCAGACCCAGAGGAGGCACUGCGCUGCUGUGCUGCCAGCCUGCAGCCCGGAUGUCUGUAUUUAAUUCACGCACCCCUCACCCUGCUGCUCUGGGUGGGCACCCAAGUCCCAGCAUGCACCCUGGUCGAACUCUUCAACAACAGCUGCUUCUCCUCCCUGCCCUCUGGAGAGACCAAGCUGCCAGUUCUUGAAAACCCUCUGUCCAUUAGUGUUCGAUCCCUCAUCAACACACUGAACUCCCAGGCUCUCUGCGCCCGCAAGCUCUGGGUGGUGAAGCAGGGUGACACCUGCGAGGAGGCCUUGCAGCGCCACCUGGUGGAGGACAAGAGUCCCAACGGAGGGGCGUCCUAUGCAGACUUCCUCUACCAUCUCCACGUCAACUCUGUCCGGCUUCUGCAGUGACUUCAGACACACACACACACAUUUUCUGACCUCUCUGGUUGUACUAUCUUGUAUAAAAGAUGAACCUGCAGCAUAUUUGACUAACGAUAUGAAGUGUUACUAGACUUUAUUAUAAUGUGGAAAAAUCUAAGUCCUGUUGUCAGAGAAUCAGGCGGUGCAUGGGGACAUUGUAAGAGAUAUUCAUUUAAUGACGGCUGUGAUAUGUGUGACGUGUGCUGUGGUGAAUGUGAUCCGUGCUGUUCUGAAAAUGUGUUUAUGAUGUUCAUUUAUUCCUGUGUCGUUACAAUCCUCUAAUCUCUGCCUGAGAUUUGCGUGUAUGUGUGUUUCGGUGUGUGUGUGUGUGUGUGUGUGAAAGAGAGAGAGUGUGUGUGAUGCCCACAGUAUGUUAUGUGUGUGCAUAAUCUCCUAUAAAUAAAUAAAGGCUUUGAUUGA